AGAACACCUUUACAUCUGGCCUGUACUAGUGGAUAUACACAUAACAGCUCUCUCUUAACUAAGAAAAAAUGCAUAAAUGUUCCAGAUGAUGAAAACAAAUCUACACUGAUUAAGGCGGUUCAAUUUCAAAAGGAGAAUUGUGCUACUAUUCUUCUAAGCCAUGGUGCAGACCCAAAUCUGGUGGAUUUUCAUUAUAAUACUGCUCUUCAUUAUGCUGUGUGUGGUCAAAAUGUCUCAUUAGUCAGAAAACUACUUGAACACAAAGCGAAUCUGGAAGCUAAAAAUAAGGAUGGAUAUACCCCACUUCUACUUGCCAUUGUUGAAAAUAAUGAAAAUAUGGUGAAAUUUCUUCUGAAGAAAGGAGCAGAUGUGAAUGCUUCAGAUAAGAAUCAAAGAACAGCCCUUAUGAUUGCUCUCAGUGAGGAACCAACAAGUUUAGUAAGUCUUCUUCUUCAGCAAGAUGUUGACCUCUCUUGCCAAGAUAUUAUGGAUUCACAGCUGAGGAGUAUGCUUCCUUUAAUGGUUUUACUAUAUAUCAUCAAUUAACUGCUAAUUAUAAAAAGUAGAAGACAGUUGAACAAACACUCUGAAGAUACAACAAUGGAUACUACUUGUGAUUCAAGAGAGCUGAAGGAAGCAUGAAAAAAAAGGCCAUGGAAGGAGCAUGGUGGCAGUAAAUUAUACAAAUGUUACAAUCAUUCACACUCUCUAUUUCCUCAGAUCUAUAAAGAUAAUGCUUACAACAGUUGGCCCUGUUGACUCCAGGUGAGUAAACUUAAGAAUUUCCUUGAAUUCCUCUUUGCACAUACUCUUAUUUUUCCUUAUAUGCCUUUUAAAAAAUCCCACAUCUAUAAGAGAUAAAGAGUUUCUGUGAUAGACACUUCAUUUCCUAAGUGAACAAAAGCAGUAGAAACUAUAUAAAAAAUACUCCUGUAUUUGAGUUGUCUCUGGCAGGUGAACAUUUAAAACUACCCCCAGUCAUUUCUUCUUAGCAAUAUGUAUUUCCAGUUUUCAACAAAUGGUUAAUCUUUAUAUAUUUUGAAGCAUAAUAGAAAUAUUGGGUAAAGAAAAUUCCCAAUAAGCCUUGCAAAAGGUGAUAAACUUAAAAUUUGUAUUUCUGUCAGAUUGAAAAGGGGGCAACUUAAUCAUUUCUUAAAAUGACUAAAUUAGGAGUAUUAUUGCUAAAUUAUAAUUGUGUUGUAGCUGAAGCAUAGGAUUUAAGAAAUAUAGUUUGGAGUGAAACUAUUUGGAUAUAAAUGAAGUCAUUAUUAUAACUUGUUUUCUAGGUGUAUAAUUUCAUUUUCACAUUUUUUUUAUUUCUUCCUUAAAUUAGAACGAUCUGUUUUAUAAGAGCAGUUAAGUAAACUGUCAUAGCUACUCAUUUGAAGAGAAGUUUGUUAAAUGGAAAACAAUUU